AUCACAGGAGCGUAUUUUGGACUCUCUCUCUGGACCACAGCAGAACUUGACUCACCAUCACUUUGCAGACUUAUUCAUAUCUUAAUAGAGUGGGGUUUCACCCAGGACACAAAUUCUGAUCCUGAGUUGGUCCCAUAUUUGUCUCUUCCAGCAUCAUCAUGGCGGAGUCUAGUUUCCCUCUACCACCAGACGAUUACUGUCCUCUGUGUGUGGACGCACUGAGAGACCCAGUCACGAUCCCCUGCGGUGACACCUACUGCCUGGAGUGCAUCAAAAUCUACUGGGACCAGUUUGACCACAUGGGUGUGUACAGCUGCCCACAGUGCCGCGCAACCUUCACACCACGGCCCGUGCUGAGACGCAAUCUGCCAGACGUGCACCACGAACCACGGCGCCAGCUCCCGGAGCUCACUCCGUUCCCCUACAUGCACAGGGAAUCCUUCUGCGAUUUCUGCGUUGGCCGUCGCAACAAGGCCGUUAAGUCGUGCCUCAUGUGCCUGGCCUACUACUGCGAAACACACGUCAAGCCACAUUAUGAGUCGUCCACCUUCAAGAGACACAAGCUGGUGGAUGAGACGGGCCACCUGGACAGGAAGAUCUGCCCCCAGCAUGAGAAGGGCCUGGAGCUGUUCUGUCGCUCCGACCAGAUGUGUAUCUGCGUGCUUUGUACUGUCAGAGAGCACCGCGGCCACAACAUUACCUCAGCAGAAGAAGAGCGCAUCGAGAAACAAAAAGUCUUGGUGGUCACCCAAUCUGAAGUCCAGCACAUCAUUCAGGAGAGGAUGAAGGAGCUGCAGGAGCUCAAACAUAAUGUCGAUGUUCUCAAAAGUGCUGCCCAGCGAGCACAGGCAGAAAGUGAUAAGACCUUCCAUGAAAUGCUGCAGGCGGUGGAGCGCUGGAAGGCUGAAAUCCAUCAGAUGAUAACGGCCAACAUGCAGGCAGCAAUGUCACAGGCUGAGGGCUAUGUGGACCGUCUGGAGCAGGAGAUACUGGAGCUACAGCGCAGAGAUGCAGAGCUACGACAGAUCCUCGAAACAGAGGACAACAUUCACUUUCUGCAGAAUUUUCCAACCCUGUGCGUCCCUCCUGAGGCCAUGGUGCCCAAAGUUCUCAUCAACCCUCAGUUCUCCUUUGGAGAGAUGAGCAAGACAGCCACCGAGAUGAAGGAACAUUUGGAUGACAUCUGUAAGAAUGAACUGAGCAAAAUCUCCAAGACAGUCAGUGAAACCCCUGUGUACAUACUUCUGCCAAGAAAUGGAGACAAACGCCUAAAAGUUCCUUCCAGAGUUGAUUUUCAGGAGCCAAAGUCCAGGACAGACUUCCUAAGAUACUCCUGCAAGAUGUCCUUCGAUCCAAACACAGUCUACAAAGAGCUGGUCCUGUCAGACGGAAACCAGAGGGUCACACGGAAGAAAUCAGUCCAGUUUUACCCAGAUCAUCCAGAGCGCUUCGAUGGCUUCUCCCAGGUGCUGUGCAAAGAGCCUCUGACUGGUUUCAGAUUUUACUGGGAGGCAGAGUGGAGCGGGGAGUUUUCCAUCGGGGUGGCCUAUAAGAGUAUCAGUCGCAAGGGGAAGAAUUCGCACAGCCUUCUGGGCUAUAAUGACAAGUCUUGGAGUCUCCUCUGCUCAGACUCAGGCUACUCUGCCUGGCACAACAAAAUAGACAAAGACCUUCCUGAAGCGCGCAGGGCCACGCGUAUUGGUGUGUACCUGGAUUAUGCAGGAAACACUGUGGCCUUUUACUCCAUAUCAGAGACUAUGGAUCUUAUCCACAGAUUCAAAGCUCAGUUCAGUGAGCCCUUGUAUGCUGGUUUUGGUGUGGGCUCCUCUGUUACCCUCUGCCAGCUGAAGCAGAAUCCCACACCUUACUAAGGGUGCUUUCAGACCUAGAGUUGUUUGCUUUGGUCCGAAUCGGGGACUUAUUUUGUUACACAACUCUAGGCAUAAUUGCCUAGAGUUGGUUCGUGUUCUCACCGCAGCAUUUACUAGUGGACCAGCUCAAAUCCCUUGCGCGAGAAAGCUGCUCUUGAUUGGUUAGAAUUUCCAUGCAAGAAAAAUUCAGGAAGUAAACAAAACAUUGAAAAAGAGUAGACUUGCAAGAAAAUGUGGCGCUUUCUAAUGGAGGGUCAGCUACGCAGGUUGAUUUUAGCACUGCUCAUCUUGUAUUAUAUUGCUUGCAUUGUUCAUUUUAGCCAAACCAUACAGUUUGAAAACGAGGCGUGGGUCCAACUAGA